AUGGCGGUGGCGUACCCGCAGGCGCUGCCGCCGCCCGGUGCGGGGGCGGCGUGGGCGGGUGGCGCCCAGAUCGGCGCCCAGCAGGUCGAGGCGCCGACGCACGGGCUGCACAGGCUGCCAUGGAUCUCUCAGAGCUCAUACCAGCGCCCCUCGCCAAUCGACCCUCCUGCGCGGAUCCUGACCUUUUUGACGCCCUUCUUCACCUGGCACGACGCCGCCUCAGCAGGCAAGGCGCGUGCGGCAGGCCUGGCAGGGGGCCGGGGCCCCAGGCUCUCGCAGGCUGCGGCUGCAAUCAGGGAUGCCGUGGCGGCGCUGUGGGCGGAUGGGUGCCAUGCCACGGCCAGGGAGCUUUGGGACUUGGUUGGCGUGGUGGUGGAGCACCAGGAAGGACACGUGGUGGACCCAUCCCACUGCUGGGUGGCCGGGCGGGCGCUGCAGUCUGCAGCAUGUGACCUGCCAUUUGCAUUCAGUGUCCACACCUUUGUGGGGCCGGGGCAGCCGUGCAUUGGGGUGAGGGCGAACAUAUCGGCGGAGGCAACGUGUCUCAGCGGCACGAGAGAAGAUGACACAGAGAUGCCCAAGCUCAAGGCCAGCGCCGAUGGCCGCACUUCCAAAGGCCGCGCCACCGACGGCGCUGACAGCCGGCACCACCGCCCCAGCGAUGGCCGUGGCUCGGCCGCCCCCGGCUAUGCCAGGUCGACCUCCUUGCCCUCCCCACGCGGCUCUGCCUUUGACUCUGCCCGUGCCCACCCCAACCAGGGCUACGAUUCCGCCAACGCAAGGCCCGAGGGCACCAGCAGCGGCGGCUCAUCCCUGUCCCUCACCCACGCUGGGUGGCCCAUGGGCGCAGACGCGCAGCAUGAUGGCAGGGGGGGUGAUCCGGAAGCUGAUCGGAUGAGCAGGGAGAGCAAACGGCUGAUCCUGUCUGCGCCAGCGGGGCUCAACGAGUGCACCCCGCUGUUCAGCAGCUCGUCGAGCCAGGGGAGCGCAGAGGAGCUGGAGACGGCGGACCUGAGCGCGUUCCUGAGGAGCGACAGCGGCAAGCUUGAGGCCCAGCUGCGGCAGGGGUCACUGCUGGCGCAGGACGUGCCGAUGGUGGACACACCAUUCUUGGCAGACCGGGGCGAAGCCACUAUCAGCGAACCGUCAACUGCCACGCAGCCUUCCAUGUCCAGGGCAGCACUUUGGGUGUGGGGCCUGAGCUACCCCGACCCCAACCGGCCAGAGCACGCUGUGGCCGAACUGCACCCCGCGCCAGAGGAGGAGGACCCCCAGUGGACCUCGCGCUCUGAGGACCUCCCCACCCUCGAGGAAGAAGACGUCGACGAGGACGACAGGAUGUUCAUGGCUGGCUCUGCAGAGGGCCAUGAUGUGCACAUGUCCCCCGUGAGCUCUUCACAGAGUCCUGGUGGCCCAAUGCGGAGUCUCAGUUUGUCGCGCGGGGCUGGGGCGGUGCGGGGGAGGUCACCAGGGCACCGUGGGGCAUCAGAGGCGGGCGAUGUUGGUGGGGGCCCCUCAGCCAAGGUGGAAGUCGUUGAACGGGGCUCUCGCAGUGGCCGGGCAAGGAAGGGGGACGGGUUGAGCGGUGGCGAGCUGGAGAUGAUGGGCGUGGGUGGGGGUUUGGAAGGGUUUGAGGAGGAGGGGGGGGAGAAGCGGAAGAAGUCGUUCAAGCGGCUGUCCAAGCUGAUCGUGGGCAUGCGGCGGCUGUGGCCGGCGGCAGACUGCAUGAGGCCGGACGCGGCCAGGAUCUGCGCAGGCAAGUCGUGGGGAUCCAAGGACGGGGCGCCCAGCCGGGUGAUCCGGGAGCUGCCAUACGAGGACAACCCCACGGCAGAGGGUGAGCUGGACAUUGAUGGCAUGGGCCCUGGGAUCGAUGACAUGGACCAGGAGGGGGGGUUGGAGGAGGAGGACUUUGUGGACGCAGAGAGCCAUUUUGGGGACAGGAGCACGGGGACCGGCGGCAGCGGCAGGGGCUUGGGAUCAGGCCGGUUGAGGCACGAGCGCCAGUCGGCUGUUCCUGCAAGGGUUGAGGAAGCCCACCAUGGGGUUGAGGAGAUGAUCAGCCUGAGCGCGGGCCUGGCGCGGGUGGGCGGGCCCCAUGGGGAGAGCGGCGACUCCGAGGGGAUCUUCAGCAUGGGGGACAACUCAGCUGAGGAGCCCACCCCCAGACUAAGACUGCCAGAGCCUGAACCCAGGACGGCACAGCCAGAAUCUUCCGGAGAUUCUGCACGCAACGCGGUGCUGGAGCAGCUGCUGGGGGGGCAGCAAGGGGAACAGCAGGUCAUAGGGGCAGUUGCAAGGGGAAGGGAGGGGCUGUUUGGGAUGGGAGGAUCGGUGAGCCUGCCGGUGAACGACUUGGGGGAUGGCAGGUAUUUGGUGUCAGGCCAUCUGGUGGGCCAGGGGCAGUAUGAGGUCAGUGUGAAGAUCGGGGGGCGGCAUGUGCGUGGCAGCCCCGCAGUGAUCAAGACGGUCCCCGCGGCCCAGCUGGGCAGCGGCAUCUCCCACGAGGGCCCCUUCUACCCCCACGCCUCCCUGCCCGCCAUCCCCCUCCACCCCACCGGCCUCUGUCCAGACCCUGCCUUCCCCCCUUGCCACUCCGCCUCCUACGAUGCCGAGCGCCUGGCCUACGCAGCGGCCCACCCUCAUGUCGGCACUGCCGACAUCCUGUUCGUUGUGGACGCCACGGCGAGCAUGGCCGCUGAGCUGGCAGAGCUGCCGCGGGUGGCGCUGGAGGUGGCCAACGCACUGGCAGGGGCGGUGCUGUGCAAGCGGGUGCGGUGGGGCGUGCUGGCGUACCGGGACCAUUGGCCUGAGGACGACCAGCCGCAGGUGCUGACCAAGCUGGACUUCACGGAGGACUUGGAGAAGGUCUGCCAGUUCAUAUCAAGGCUAGAGGCCAGCGGCGGGGGUGACUACCCAGAGGCCCUUGAGGCUGCCCUGCAUGAGGCGGCUGAUGGCGUCACUUGGUGGCCCUUCUCAAGCCGCGUGGUCAUCUGGGUUGGUGACGCACCACCACAUGGCUAUCAAGGCAUGGGCCCGCAGCAGGCCGCAGAGCUGGAGGGCGAUCUGGGAAGGGCAAGAGAGAGGCUGCUGCAGGCGGCAACAGCGGUCGAGAAGAGCAUGAGGGACGGCAGGGCGACAGGCCUGUGGACCGAAUGGGACACACAGUUGGUGUCGGCACUGAAUGCAUGUGACGGGGUUGCCAAGCACCAUGACAACUUUCCACUGGGCGUGCCUGGCAGUAUCAAGUGGGAGGAGGCCGCUGAGCACCUGGCUGCCACUGGGGCACGGGUCAUCGCCCUGGGCUUCCGCGACGCCAUCUUCCACUCACCUUCGGAGGCUUGCCUCCGGACGAUCGCACACAUAACAGGGGGAGCGCUGCUGGAGGUCGGGGCACUAGAUGGCUCCCUUGUGGGCCCGCUGGUGGGGGCAGUGGUGGAGGAGAUGCUGGACCAACAGCUGGUGGAAGAGGAGGUGUGUGACCUCCUGCUGUGCCUCCACCAUGACCUGCGUGACCAACUGGUUCUGGACCAGCGCUUCACGAUCAUCGAGACCAUGAACCAGACAGACAAGACCGUACAGCGCCUGCAGGUGGUGCGCGACGAGAAUGGCACCCGCGGCGACGGCCUGCCGCCCUCCCCGGGUGGCUCCGAAUCUUCCAGCAUCUUCCGGAGGCCUCGGGAAGGUGACUCUGGCCAAUCGUCUGAGACUCGAUCCGAAGCGCAAGGCAGGGGUCGGCGGCGGGGCGAGUCGAUGGGCAGUGCUGCGAGUGGAAAGAGUGGCGGGGAGUGCAGCCUGCUGCUGGGCAUGAGGCGUGUUCAGUGCGACGAGGGCGUGCUGGCUCAGGUGUACCGCGGCAUCCGCGCGAAGGCUGAGUGUGUUGGCCGGGCGCUCCAAAAGGGCUUCGUCAGCCGCUCCAGCUGGCUGGCGUCGGCGGAGGGAAGCCUGUCAAGGAUCGACAUGUGGGGCCGGCAGGCAGACUGGAAGAUGUGCGAGGAGUUUAGGACGUCGCCCGUGGCGCUGCGCUACCUGCUCGCCGAGAGGACCAUACAGGGGAUGAUGUGA